AUGGCGCGACGAAAUGAAUUGCUGGAGAACGUGGAAACCGUUGCUGUCGGCGGCGUGGUCACACAGGGGGUCCUGCUGCUGUGGGAGCAGUACUCUGAGUCAGAGAGCGAACACCACAGUUAUCACGCCCAACGAAGCCUAGCAGGUCUCCUCCUCCUGGCUCUGAGAGUGGCGCUGUCCCUCCUGCUGGCCUCCGUCCUCUACCAGAUCGUCUCCACAGAGAGGAGCACCCUGAAGAGAGACUUCUACCUCUGCUUUGCUAAGGGCUGCUUCCUGUGGUUCCUUUGUCACCCCGUCCUCGUCCUCAUGUCUGUGGUCUUCAACGACCACCAGAGGGAAAAGGUCAUCACCAUCGGCGUGAUCCUCUGUCAGUCCAUCUCCAUGGUGAUCCUCUACCAGCUCUUCCUGUCCCGCUCGCUCUACUGGGAGGUGUCCUCCCUCUCCUCCGUGUCUUUGCCGCUCACCAUGUCCAGAACGAACCACAGGGGGCGCCUAUGA